ACGUGGUAAUACAGACACAGACACACUGACUGGUUUGUUGCCGGUUCACGGUUGUGUUCAAGCAGAGUAGAAUUGAAAUUGUUUUGUUUACUUGGUUAUUGUAAUUUUUGUAGUAAAAUAAUUGCGACCAUGUUGCAAUCUGUAUUUGACGAUGUACGGCGAAUGAAUAAACGGCAGUUCCUGUAUCAAAUGUUAAGCUUUGCAAUGGUCGUCUCCUCCGCCUUAAUGAUCUGGAAAGGUUUGAUGGUCGUAACAGGCAGCGAAAGUCCGAUUGUAGUUGUUCUCAGUGGUAGUAUGGAACCAGCAUUCCACAGGGGGGAUUUGUUGUUAUUAACCAAUUACGAAGAUGAGCCAGUAAGAGUAGGAGAGAUUGUCGUUUUUAAAGUUGAGGGUAGAGAUAUACCAAUUGUACACAGAGUACUUAAGCUACAUGAAAAGGGUGAUCAAAACAAUACUGUUAAAUUCCUAACAAAAGGUGAUAACAAUUCUGUUGAUGAUAGAGGUUUAUAUGCGGUUGGUCAAUUAUGGUUGACACGUAAAGACGUUGUUGGUAGAGCAAGGGCUUUCCUGCCUUAUGUGGGAAUUGUCACAAUAUACAUGAAUGAAUAUCCCAAAUUUAAGUACGCAGUAUUAAUUUGUCUGGGAUUAUAUGUUUUGGUACACAGAGAAUGAGGAUAUUUCAUAUAAAAAUUUAUAUGAGAUAGACUGCCUGAACAUCUACGAAGGAAGUUCAUUGUAAAAUUAAAUUGAUAACUCAAAUACACAUAUGUAUGAUGUGAUUUUAUGUCCUGUUAAUUUCAUACCACUUGAAAAAUCUUUUGUAUGCAAGAGGUUGAUGAUGUAAUAGUAUCGAAAAAUUGUGUGUAUAUUUCGAAUAGCGAUAAGAAAAUAUUAAAGAACAUGUAAAAUUACAGUACUUUCGUACUGUAUUAAUA